UUCCAGCUGUUGCGCAUUCCACAGCACGGCGGAGUCGCCGCUGGCCAAGAGCGACAGGACAGCGCCUUGAAGUCACCAAAGAGCCACAGGACUUGCUUCAUUUCUUUGAAAAAUAGUUAUUUGUAACAGAGUCCUUGUUUUCAACUUUGUCAAUAACGUUCGGCGGAGCUUUUGGAGUUUACAGAGAAAGGGAAAUAUUGAAUAGACUUGAUGUUCUUUUCUUUCUGUCAUUUGGAAGCGCACAGGAUAUUUGGUGAAGAGCGCUAUACGCACCUUCAGUAUAAGUGUCUUUGGAGCUGCCAUUCAAGAUGACAGACAUCGUUUCAGCAAUGGAUACAGAGCCAAACUGCCGGGCGAGUGUCCUCGUACCGGAGUCAGAGCAGAGCCUCGGUUCUCCUAAGAGUCCACCACUGGACCUGAUUGACACAGGAAAAGGACUGAAGGUACAAACCACGACCCCUCACCUGGUCAGCCUGGGCAGCGGAAGACUCAGUGUAGCCAUAACUCUACUACCUCUAAAGGAGGGAGUAACAUGCAUAGGCCGUGACGAUGCCCCUGUACCUCAGGACAUCACUAUUGAGGGUCUCGGCAUUGAAGCAGAACACUGCAGGAUUGAGAACAGAGGAGGGGUCGUCACUCUUGACCCAUGCGGACACCUGUGUUCACUCGAUGGAGUUCCUGUUACCAGACCCACACAACUCACGCAAGGUUACACACUCUGUCUGGGUAAGUCCUAUAUCUUUCGCUUUAACCAUCCCGAGGAGGCCAACCGUAUGAAAAGCAUGCUGCCUCAGAAGAGUCCCGUCUCUCCGCUGGUCUACAGCACAGAUUAUCUGAAGUUCAGCAGCGACUUCAGUCAUUGUCUGGGUGGCUCUGGAUCUAGAGGGAUGCGCUCUGUCUCUGAACUACGGGAUUUGAUGGACACUUUACAAAAAAAGAAGCAGGCGUUGGAGAACAGUUUGCGAGCUAAUGGGGACUCAAGCCCCUCCUACUUUAGCAUGACGCAGUCUCCUCCCACCACACCCAAUCUGCUGUCAUCCAUCACCACGUCCUCCCCAAUAUCCUAUCAAGAACAAACCCGCCGAUUGUACAGCUCCGAAAGGCCACCACUUGCUGCCAAAGUGCCAGCGCAUUCAUCCAGCAGCAUUCCUCAAUCUCCUCGCCGUUCCGACCCUCGAGAGCGUGACGCAUCACUUCCUUAUUCUCGACCCAUGACCCGGAACCAAUCUCAGGAUAGUCUCCUCCUCAAUACAUCAGACAGUCGUCAUGCUGGGACUUCAGGUUCAGCCCUCUCAAUGUGGAACAGUUCAUCCACCAAUGUGACCGAUUCACUCCCGCCAACGCCAGUGGGCAGUAGUGGUGCAGCCAGCAUGCCCUCUAGUCCUCGUCUGUCUCGUAGAUUCCACACCCCAGAUGCAGGCCGUAAUGGAGGACUCGAACCCACUCCACGGCAACGAAAGUACUCCGCUGGGUCACUUACAGGCAUGAGCUCACACAGUCGCUCCCUACCACGUCUCUAUCGACCUGCCGAUACUCAUCUCACCCUCCUGCCAAGCUAUCGGUCUCCCGAUGGCCAGCUUUCUCGCCCAGCUCGCACCAACCACCAGAAUGGUAAUUCGGAAGUAAUCUCCAUCUCGCUGUCCAAUAAACCUGGAACCAAACACACCGUAGCCCCGCCGGAUGUCACCAUGACAUCAGGAGAAGCCACCAGCCCCCGCCAGGCCAAGAAGGUGAGUUUGACAUCCACCAGCUGCUACUCGGAACUGGACAGGCAAGCCAUGCGUGGUCCCUCACCAGCUCUGGAGAUUGGUCUUGGGGAAAGAAGGCAGUCGUUCGGAAAGGCAGGCCUGGGUCCACCGAGUGGCUUCAGGGAGAGAAAGGGCAGCAUCAGCUCUCUCAGUGGAAAGGAGGAGCUUCAAGACUACCAUCAGAGACAGAGGGAUGAAAGACUGCGGGAACAGGAAGUGGAGAGACUGGAACGUCAGCGUCUGGAGACUAUCCUUAAUCUGUGUUCCGGGUUGGGCCGUGCAGAGCAGGACAAAACUGGCUUGGCCGUUGCAGACUUGCAGAAGAUCAACAAGGAGCUGGAGAAAUUACAGGUGUCAGAUGAUGAGUCUACGUUCUCAGACUCUGCAAGUCUGUCAGCCAGCAUUUCUGCUGAAAAUGACUAUGGGCUUAAAGCCCGGGAGAUCCAGGCCAGCGAGGAGAGACAGGUACGGCAGCGCAAGAAUAGUGGACACAGAGAAUUCAGGGCGGGGAUAACAGCUGUCCUCGGCUCUGCUCCCACCCCUUCUCCUCGGCUGACACGGAUAAACAAGCAGGGACCUGAGGAGGACACACAGCUGAAGCUGGACGUGAGACGUAUAGAGGAGGAGAGGAUCCAGGUCCUGAACAAUAUGGAAGAGUUAGAGCUGAAGAUCAAAGACCUGGACAACCAGAUGGAGGAGUCCAUCAGAGAGUUGGAAGUGGAGCGCGCUCUGUUGGAAGGCGAGCAGGAUUCGGAGAUGGCUCAGCUACAGCAGGAGAAAGACGCUCUGGAACAACUUAAAGAGAAGAUGGCUGACAUCGAGAACAAAGCGCAGACGGAAAAAUCUCAGGACAAAGCCAAGCUAGAUGCGGAGCGUGUAAAGUUAGAGCGACUGGCGCAUCUGCUUGCAGAGCAGAAGACUCAGUUGGACACCUGCCCCGAAGCCUUGAAAGAGCAACUUCAGCUGCAGCUCUGCAGGGAUGCAGAGACGCUAGAGGUGGAGACCAAGCGGUUUGAAGACCUAGAGUUUCAACAGCUGGAACGAGAGAGUCGUCAGGAUGAGGAGAAAGAGACUCAGACCCAACAUAUUCUCAGGGAGAUCGCAGAACACCAGAGGAGCACCGUCACACGGAAGGAGAGGCUGCUGGCCCUGAAGAAACAGUACACCCAGAUUUCCCAGCAGGCUCAGAGGGACAAGGACAACUUUGUGAAGGAAAAGAACAAUCUUCAGAUGAUGCUACAGCGGGAAAAAGAGAAUCUUGCCAACUUGGAGAAGAAAUAUUCUGAGCUCACUGGGGCAUUGGGUUUCCCUGUCAGUCCCAUCAGUAUGAAGGAGGGCUAUGUUACAGUCAGUGAGAUCAAUGAACUGUACUCUCAGCUGGGGGUAGAUCCCACCCCAGACCCCCUCCCCACCCAAGCCCAGUCCUCUCCGGACGCCCCUUCCACAGGGACUAACACCAGCUCUGACCCCAGUCCUGCGGAGAGCACUGCCCUGCCGGGAGAGGGUGAGCAUUUCCGCACCCUAGAAGAAAGGAAGCGGUACGGUAAGGAAGGUGGAACUCAUUUGAGUGACACUCUUCCUCGUAAGAAGACCCAGCCCACCAUAACCCCACAGUUCACCUGUGCCACCCUGGGUCGUAACAUACCCUCUAAACCUCAUCCACCUUUAGCUCAAAGCUCCAGCUGUGGGAGUGUGUUGAACCGAGCCCUUGCCAUCUCCCCUAAAGAGACACGCAUGGAUACACACCGCCUGCACAAGGGCAAAUCUAAGAAAGGGCACAGUCAGCAGCACAUUGGCGAGGAGCACCGUACGCGGUUGAGUGAUCUCGGUGGCCGUGCAUCCUCACAAACCAACGUCUACCUAGACUCCUUUGGUUACCAAGAUAACGGCCGUGCCUUUGAUACGCUGAGUGUGGACAGCUCAGACAGCAUGGAAACCAGCAUUUCUGCCUGUUCGCCCGACAACGUCUCCAGCGCUAGCACCUCCAAUGUUUCCAAGAUGGAGGAGAUGGAACGUCUUCUCCAGGAGGCUCAGGCAGAGAAGCACCGGUUCUUGGAACACAGGGAGAAAGAGAUGGAGAAUAAGAGCAGGGCUCUUGAAGAGGAGAGGAGACGGCGAGAAGAGCUAGAAAAACGGCUGCAAGAAGAAACCAGCAGGAGGCAGAAACUCAUCGAGAGAGAGGUGAAACUUCGUGAGAAACAGAGAGCACAGUCUCGUCCCCUCACACGCUACCUACCUGUAAGAAAAGACGAUUUCGACCUUCGUGCCCACAUCGACUCAGCCGGCCACAACACAGAGACUUGUUACCACGUCUCCAUCACAGAGAAAACCUGCAGGGGCUUCCUCAUUAAGAUGGGUGGCAAAAUCAAAACCUGGAAGAAGCGCUGGUUUGUCUUCGACCGUAACCGCAGGACCCUGAGCUACUAUGCAGAUAAACAUGAGGCCAAACUAAAAGGAGUGAUUUAUUUCCAGGCCAUAGAGGAAGUAUAUUACGACCACUUAAAGAGUGCCCACAAGAGUCCAAACCCUUCACUCACGUUCAGUGUGAAGACUCAUGACCGCGUCUACUACAUGGUGGCGCCCUCUCCAGAAGCUAUGAGAAUAUGGAUGGACGUUAUCGUAACAGGGGCAGAGGGAUACACUCAGUUUAUGAUUUAGAUGUCUGUCGGCAGAGAAGGAAUAUGCGCAGUGUGUGGACUUAAAAACCACUGGACUUGAUCUGCACUCUUUCACAUGCUGGUUUCAGUAUUGAUUCCCCCAAACGCUGGACUGAUCUUGUUAUUUUUGCGUUCGUAUCAGUUUUUUACUCUCAGUCCACAGUAUUGAAGCUUUUCUCUUCGCUGCCUUUAUAUUUUUUUUAUGCAACAUGAACUUUUACUUGGCGGCCCAGAUAAUGGAAUGGAGCACAUAUCCUAUAAUUUCAUGUGUAUGUUUGUGCUUGUGUCUUUUGGUAUUUCGUCUGUCUGAUUGUGUGAAGAGAGAAAGACGUGUUAAAUGAUAUUUAGUGCCAGUGUGCCACGUUGUGUGUGGUCUGUUUGCUACCUUGUGUACAGGGCCUCAGGGACACACACAUUAUAAUAUAAACAGCUGUCAGCUGUUCUGCCAAAGAUGAAAUGCACACUGACCACACACUAUAGAGUUUAUGUAUAGAUGCGUGUAUUGGUGUUUGCCAGUGCCUUCAGUUCUAUAUUAUACUGAUAUAUGCCUUUUAUACUCAACAUUCAGAUUAAUCAAAGGUGCUAUAAGACUAUUUUAACACUACAGUUAUUCGUUACAAAAGUCUCACAACUUCCAAAUCACUAAAGCUGCUUGCCGUAUAGGUAUUACACAGGAUAAAACACAAAGACUAGGUUUUUAGUAUGUUUUAUAAUACUUGAUCAUUUUAUCAUAAUGCAUAUGUAACUUUUGCAUUUUUAUGAAUUGUAUUCAAUGCUUUUGGCCCGUUUUUAGGCUAUGAUUACUUGUAUUUGGUUUGACGUCAUCAGAAAACCGAAAAUUUCUUUGAUCCCUAGAAUUAAGCUUCAGGUAAAGCCAGUACUACAAUACAACAUGUCAUUGAUUUCCUAAUGUUUGUGUGGGUUUAUUAGUUUAAGUCCAAUCAGACUGUAUUUGUAGUGUAAUUUCAUUACUACCAGCAGGAGGCGACAGCCAUGCUGAAAUUGUUAGCCAUAAGCUUUUAUCUGUGAAUUAGCCAGUAGUCUGUUUUGAAUAUUGUUAAUACUCAUUUGAGACGCAUAUUUAUACUUUUGUUUACCAUGCAUGCACCUUUAUUUUUGCAUAUGUAUAUUGUUUAUGAUCUAUGUCUACUUGAUAAACCUUUGACUAUG